AUGGGUUUUACAUCGUACCCAACUAUCCAAAAACUCGCUGUACUUUUAACUGAAUUGCCCAGACAGAAUCUCAGAGUAGUUUCUGCUUCGGAUCCAGAUUGCGGUGUGAAUUCCAUCGUCAAUUAUACCAUCGGAGGAAGACCGUCGCAGUUCACUGUAAGGUCCGACUCGGGAGAAGUCUGCAUAUCGUCACCUUUGGACUACGAAACUAGGCAAUCUUAUGAGUUUCCCAUUAUCGCUACAGACAGAGAUCGUGGACCGGAAGAUAUUUACGCGGGAGCACCAGCAUUGGUAGACAUCAAUAGCGACAUUGAACUAUUCCUGCCCGGAGCAUUGUUGCCAAGGUGUGCCGCGCUAUUUCAUUAG